AUGAACAAUUUGUUUGUACAGCCUGACAUAUCAUUUGAUACAGAUGCCUGCAACCAAUCUUACUCUGGAAGGAUAACUAACGGAGUCAUAAAAAGUUUCAACUAUCCAUUCGAUUACAUAAACAACCUCAGCUGCACAUACAAGUUCUACUUCAGUGAUGCCCAGUACACGACUUCUAAAAAAAUUUGUUUCAAAACGAGAAGGUUUGAUCUGGAGAGGUCGAUUGCGUACUGCACAUUCGACUACUUGCAGAUUGAGGACAAUAAAUACUGCGGCAGGGGUCUGUGGCAGAAGGGACUGUACGACCCGAAGCAACCAACGUCAUCAUUGUGGGUCAACAACCUUUGCUGGAGCCUGAAUUAUGUGGAAACAUUCGAGUUGAAGUUCGUGAGUGACUCAAGUGUGGUCGGGGCAGGAUUUUAUUUUGAGUACAGCAUCAUCAACAACACCACAGACUUCUCCCACCAGUAUCCAGAUUCAAAGAUUGAUAAAUAA